AUGGGGAAGAGCACGACCACACUGGAGAAAUGCCUCAUAUUCCUCUUCAUUGGGAUGACCUGUGCCUGCAUCGGCCUGGUUGCGGUCUACUUGACUGAUAGACCCACUACUGGAGAUUCCCUUCCCUCAGGUUGCGGAGGCACCCAGGAGCUGUCUACGGAAUCUGGCACCUUCACCAGCUGGAACUACCCCAACAGCUACGAUAAUGGCAAGAGCUGCACCUGGCACAUCACUGUGGAGCCUGACAAGGUGAUCCAUCUGUGGUUUGAGGAGUUUGCACUGGAAGAAACGCAGCUGUGUACAGGAGAUUCUGUGACACUGCGAGAUUCUCUGGGAAUUAUUGGUAAAUACUGCGGAUACUCCAAACCACGGCCAAUUGUUUCUCUGACAAAUCGCCUGACUGUCUACUUUGACACCAAUGAAAGAAAGACGGACCAAGGAUUCAAGGCUCAUUACGCGGCUGUGGCCCCCGGAUCGACGCCAGAAAUAGCCGGAGCGGGCGGUUUUCUCCAAGGUGACCAGGGGAAUCUGCAGACCCCAGGCUCUCCAGGGCAGAACUACCCACAUGAUGCGCUCUAUCAGUGGAAGAUCACAGUGCCAGAGGGAGAAAGAGUACGGCUCACGUUUAUGUCCUUUGACCUGGUCCCGGAAGUGUGUGGAGACUUUGUUCAGGUCUAUGAUGGAGAUGGUACAGGCUCCUCUAUACUGGGUAAAUUCUGUGGCGGCACAUUGCCCAAACCGGUGCAGACUGUGAUGAGUAACACAAUGGUGGUCCGCUUCAAAUCCGACAGCACGUUGAGCUCCAAAGGGUUUACAGCCACUUUCACUAAGUCAAGACUUCCUCCUCCUGUCAUCCCAACUACUACUGCCAAACCAAGCACGAGCAGCAGCACGACUGCCCACACUGCUUCCACUGCUUCCACUGCCACAACAAAGCCUACCACCUCUGGUUGUGGUGGUCCUGCCGUGAUCACUGGGAGAAAAGGGGUCAUACACUCCCUAGGGUUUCCAAAUGCAUAUCCGGCACAUCUGAGCUGUCAGUGGAGUAUCACAGUGCCCAAAAGUUUCCUGGUAAAACUGCAGAUUACAGACAUGGCCAUCACAGGAGAGGUGGGCCAGUGCAAGCAAGACAAACUCAUCAUCUCAGACAAGUUCAACACGCUUGGGACUCACUGUGGAUACAUGCUGCCCCCUCUGUUGGUCAGUGCCAGUGACAGCAUCUCUGUCAGCUUCCAGUCUGACAGCCGCCUCACAGACCGAGGCUUCUCUGCCAAGUGGGAGGCGGUGUAUCCCGAGGACAUCACAGAGAUUCAGGGCUGUGGCUUCACCUCAAAAGAAGAAAAUGGAGUGACAAAAUCUACAAACUGGCCAAUGAACUACAAAGGAAAUUCUGAAUGCAUGUGGAACAUAGUGCUUCCUUUGGGGAAAAAAAUCCUUUUCAACUUCACCCACUUUGAUCUCGAAGCAAAGGACAUAUUUACUUCAAAGUGUUAUGACAAUAUUAUGAUUUACGAUGUCAACACACUAACUAACAGGAUUCAGAAAUUUGGACCAUUCUGUGGGACUAAGAUGCCUGUGCCAAUCCAGACUAAAGGAAAUAGACUUGUCAUACGCUUCCAUUCAGACCUGUUCACUGAAGCUAAAGGGUUCAGGGCUUAUUGGACUACAAAUCCCAGCAGUCGUCCUCCCACAGAGCCACCUGCACCAUCAAACCCUUGGGACGGAAUCCUGCUCGACUGGCCAAGUUGUGGGAGACCUACAAUCCCUCCUACCAUUGUGACACGCAUCGUGAACGGGGAGCCAGCCAAGCCCCACUCCUGGCCCUGGCAAGUCUCCAUGCAGGUUUUGCCAGAUUCUCGACCCACGCAUGCGCACAUCUGCGGCGGCACACUCAUCCACACAACAUGGGUGCUAACAGCUGCCCACUGCUUUAUUAACUAUGCCGACGAGCUCCAUCGCUGGCGCAUGUGCCUGGGCAAACACAACUUGACCUUCUCCGAAUCCACAGAGGACUGCUUCAACGUGACAGGCAUCUACCGCCAUGAAGGCUUCAAGUAUCCAACCGUGCCCACUGUGGAGUUUGAUAUUGCCCUGGUCCGACUGGAUGGAGAAGUUAAGCUCACAAAUGAGAUUUCCUUCGCCUGCAUGCCUUCAGUUGAGGAGGUUCUGCCUGGAGGAAAGAAGUGCUAUGCUACAGGCUGGGGCGAUGAAACAGGUGAUUCCCUCAAUGCUAAACCCUCUGAGACCCUAAAUCAAGUUGCGCUGCCCGUGGUCCCGUAUGACACAUGCAAAAGGAUGGACUACUGGUGGUUUCAAGUCAAGAAUUCGAUGAUUUGCUGUGGUUAUACUCUACCUGAUGAGCUCCAGUCAGUUUGUCAGGGAGAUUCCGGCGGCCCACUGGUGUGCCAAGAUGCACCUGGAAGUGACUGGGAAGUUCAUGGCAUCACUAGUUUUGGUCCCAUUGGAUGCAUUAUGAACAAAAAGCCCUCUGUUUUUACUCGCACCUCGGCCUACAUUCCUUGGAUCGAGAAUGUAAUGCGGCGGGACAUUUACAAUGAGAAAAUAUCUGGCUGUGGAGGGCCGAAGGACCUGAGAGACACAGGCUCGCUCUCCUCUAUGGGAUUCCCUGGCAGCUACAGCAACAAAGCAGACUGCCAGUGGAACAUCAGGGUGCCUGAUGGCAAACUGGUCCAUCUCCACUUCCACAACUUCUCCCUGGAGGAGAGCGAAGGGUGCUUGAGCGACAAAGUCAGCAUCACAGACCAGCUGGGAAGUCUAGGAACUCAUUGCAGCCAUGUCGCCCCUCACGACUUGGUCAGUUUUGGUAAUACGCUGCACCUUAGCUUUUCCUCUAAUGGCAAAAUAGUGGAUACAGGUUUCUUUGCCACCUAUAAAGCUGUGGAUCCUUCACAAGCACCAUGUGGAGGCAGCUUCAGCUCUGAACAGGGAGAACUAAAGUCUCCGAACUGGCCCAAUGACUAUGCAGGCCAGUCUGUUUGCACAUGGACUGUCAAAAACCCCAGCGCCACAAGAUUCCAUGUGGCAUUCACGCACUUUGAAUUGCAAGCUGUGAACGUGCUUGGCAACUGUGUGGACUAUGUGGAGAUUUUCAAUGGAGCAACAAUGACAUCUCUUGGUCGCUUCUGUGGAUUUUCCCCUCCAAAAGCCAUUACUGUCACCGCUAACAGUGUCCUCAUUCGCUUCGUCAGUAAUGGAGUCAAUCAUCAGAGCGGUUUCCGUGGAUACUGGACCACCAAUCCUGACAUUGUUCCAACAAUUCCUCCACCACCCCCUAACCCCUGGGACAACAUAACUAUCACCUGGCCUGAAGAUUGUGGGCAUCCUGCGAUCAAACCAAGUAAUGCCACUCUGAGGGUCGUCAACGGAGUGGAAGCAGUGCGUCAUUCGUGGCCCUGGCAAGUUUCCAUGCAGGCCUCCCCUUUGCCUCCUUUCUACAUGCAUGGCUGUGGAGGGUCUCUGAUUCAUGAAGAAUGGAUUCUUACAGCUGCACAUUGUUUUAUGCAACCUCUGAACAAGCCCUCCUACUGGCGAAUGUGCUUGGGGAAGCACCACAUGAAGUCUUCAGCGGACGUCCCGUCAGCAGAGGCCUGUUAUAUGGUGGACAGCAUCAUUCGGCAUGAAGGCUUUGUCUAUGAACAGGACAAAACGGACAUCACCAACGACAUUGCCCUCGUUCAUUUGUCUGAAAAAGUCAACAUGACCACAGAGAUUAGCCCCAUCUGUCUUCCCAAACCUGGGGCUGUUAUGCCCGCCGGGACGCCCUGCUUCGUCACAGGCUGGGGUGAUGAAAAAGGAAGCUUCCCUCCCAAAGUGUCUGAGAAGCUGAACCAGGCAGCUCUUCCCAUCAUUGACUUCCCCACCUGCAGUAAGCCAGCGUACUGGUGGGACACACUGCGGCCCUCUAUGAUCUGUGCAGGAUAUGGAUCUCCUGAUGAGCUGAAGUCGGCCUGCCAGGGUGACUCGGGGGGUCCUUUUGCCUGUGAAUCUGCUGGCUCACCAUGGGAAGUCCAUGGCAUUGUCAGCUUUGGUGCUCAGGGCUGCAUCAAAGACAAGAAGCCUUCGGUAUUCACCCGCGUGUCAGCCUUCAGCGACUGGAUAGAGCAACACAUCAAGAAGUUCAUGUUUGAGAAAAGUAUACAGUUUGACUAG